AUGGAACAGCAAAAGGACGCACACGAGGCCUCAGUCAAGGUAGCAUGCGUGUCGCCCAUGCAUUUCUACAGCCUGCUCGUGAAAGGAGAGUUCGUGGUGGUAGACCUGGGGACGGCAGAGCAGUUUGCUCGCGGCAGGCUGAUGGGCGCUCAGCACCUGCCUGAGGGCACGUCGAGCUUUGUCGACGACUUCGGCUACGAGCGCAGGGACAAGCUGCUGGCCUACACCCACCUCCCCUCGGACCGCAUUACGCCGACCGACCCGCGUCUGGCCAUCUUUCACAAGCAGAAGUACCUCAAGGAGAUACUCAUUCUGGAGGGCGGAGCUGACGCGUUCGCCAAGCAGUACCCGUUCCUGCGGGUCGGCGGCGGGGCGGAUGCCUUCUUGGUCUACCCGUCCCAGAUCCUGCCCUCGCCGUCGGGCCUCUUCCUCGGCUCGCAGAUCACCACCACCAACCGGCAGGUCCUACAAGACCUCAAGAUCACACACAUCGUCAACGUGACCAACGAAGUGCUCAACGAGUUCGAGUUCGACGAGGCGCUUGGGAUCGCUUAUCACAGGUGCUGCGUGAUGGACGAGGUGACGGAAGACAUUUUUCGGUUCUUCUACCAGACGCGCGAGUUCAUCGACAGAGCACGAAGCGGUGGCGGUAAUGUGCUGGUGCAUUGCGCGCAGGGGCGCUCCCGCUCGGCCACCAUCGUGACCGCCUACCUCAUGCUCACCAACCGAUGGGACUUCGAGACCGCCUAUUCUCACGUCACCACCCUGCGGGACAUCGUUCGAGUCAAUCCCGGGUUCAGACGACAGCUCCUCACGCUAGAGGCCGAGAUCACCAACUCCACCACCGACGACGAUGACACCACCUUCUCACUGACCUAG